UAGAUGUCUGAGUUAUCUCGACUUUAUUAAUCUAUAUAUUUCAAAAGAAAGAAGAAGAUGACCUUAACUAUGUAGUAUCAGUAAAUAUAUAAAUCUACUACUCUUCUCAGUUCAACAAUACACAAGAAAUGGCUCGUCUUGGUAUGAUCCAUGUCCUCUGCUUAAUCAUUUUCACCCUCACAAACACAUCACACUCUCUAAACGAAAAGCCUCAAGCAUUUCUACAACCUAUUCGUAAAGACAUCGCCACAAAUCUCUACUACUCUCCCUUAUCCCUAGGCGUCGACGCCCAUAACAUCAAUCUCGCCAUCGACCUCGGUGGCUCCGCGCCACUGUUGCUAUCCUGCGCCGCCGCCGCCAAAUCCCGUUCCUACCACCCUAUCAAAUGCGGCUCCUCUAGAUGCAUACAAGCCAAACCGGACCCUCUGUCCUGUCCCACCACAAAUACCUCCAAGAAAGCCACGUGUCACAAAUCUUUCUCCACUUCCUUCACUGAGAAACCCCUCAAAGCCCGUCUCCUCCGAGACACCGUGUCUUUGCUUUACACCGACAACGGGUUUACGUAUAUGGGAGGUGGGAUCGAUAUGACCAUGACUAUAGCUUGCACCGACGUUAACGUUGACCCCUUAGUUAAACCGUUCCCGUCCAUUGUUGUUGGGACGUUGGGUCUCGCUAGGACCCCUACGGCGCUUCCUUCACAGAUCGUUUCUUUAUACAAACUGCACUCAAAGGUGGCUCUAUGCUUGCCUUCACCAAACUCUGGAGAAUCUUCUGGAACUGGUUCUCUUUUCAUCGGUGGUGGUCCUUAUUUCAUGGCACUUUACCCUGAAGAUAUCUCUAAGAUAUUUGCUUCCACACCUCUGCUUCCUAGUGACCAGUCCCGUGGCGAGUACUUCAUCGAUGUGAACUCUAUUCAAAUUAGUGGUAAGAUCGUUCCGUUUUUAAAGAAAACCACGAAGAUCUGCACGUUGGCUCCUUAUACGGUCUUGCAUGGUUCUAUCUACAAAGCUCUGGUCUCAGCCUUCCCCGAAAAAGCCAAGAUGAUGACUAAAGUUCCGGCAGUGAAGCCAUUUGGUUCGUGUUUCAGCUCCAAAGGACUCGGGAGGUGGAUGAUGGGAAGCCGUGUCCCUGUGAUCGAGUUGGUGCUGCGUGGUGGUGCAAAGUGGAAGAUUUACGGGUCCAAUUCGCUUGUGAAGGUGAGUAAAGAUGUGGUUUGCUUAGGAUUUGUGGACGGAGGAAUGAACCUGCCGAUGGGGAUGAUAAUUGGAGGUUAUCAGAUGGAAGAUCAUUUUGUGGAGUUUGAUUUGGAAGCUUCUAAGUUCUCUUUCACUUCUUCUCUUUUGCUUAUUAACUCUUCUUGCUCACAGUCAAGACACUUCUGAUUCGAGACUUGUUCUUCUUUUGUUUGGUUUGUACUAUUUGCAGAUCUGCAAGUUUAUCUUUUACUUUUGAAAUAUUCCAGCUUUUUGGUUAUGACUUGAUUAAAAU